UUCUUCUUCUUCAGCUUCAGCUGAAUAACCAUGGAAAAUUUUCUUCUUCUUCUUCUCAGACUUCUUAUAUUCCUCCUAAUUUUCUGCUUCACUUCUUCAGAAAUAAUCUUCGAGGAGCGCUUUGAAGAUGUGUGGAGAGAUAGGUGGGUUUUAUCAGAUUGGAAGAGGAGUGAAGGAAAAGCAGGAACUUUUAAGCACACAGCUGGUAAAUGGGCUUCUGAUCCUGAUGAUAAAGGCCUGCAAACAUAUAAUGACGCCAGGCAUUAUGCUAUAUCUGCGAAGAUACCUGAGUUUAGCAACAAGAACAGAACUCUAGUGGUUCAAUAUUCCAUAAAGAUUGAACAAGACAUCGAAUGUGGUGGAGGAUACAUUAAGCUUCUCUCUGGCUAUGUGAACCAAAAGAAGUUUGGUGGCGAUACUCCUUACAGUUUUAUGUUUGGACCAGAUAUAUGUGGCACGCAGACAAAAAAACUCCACGUUAUAGUAUCGUAUCAGGGCCAGAAUUAUCCAAUUAAAAAAGAGAUAGAGUGCGAAACCGACAAAUUAACUCACUUCUACACUUUCAUUUUAAGACCUGAUGCAACAUAUAGUGUCUUGAUAGAUAAUCGAGAAAGAGAAUCUGGAAGCCUGUAUUCAGACUGGGAUAUCCUCCCUCCACCAAAAAUAAAAGAUGUGCAUGCAAAAAAGCCAGCAGACUGGGAUGAUAGAGAAUACAUUAAUGACCCCAAUGAUGUUAAACCAGAGGGAUAUGACUCGAUUCCAAAAGAGAUACCAGAUCCAAAGGCUAAAAAGCCUGCUGACUGGGAUGACGAAGAGGAUGGGAUAUGGAGAGCCAAGAAGAUACCAAAUCCAGCGUACAAAGGUCCAUGGAAACCCAAGAGAAUCAAGAAUCCCAAUUACAAGGGGAAGUGGAAGAUUCCAUGGAUUGACAAUCCAGAGUUUGAAGACGAUCCUGACCUCUAUGUUUGGAAACCAAUUAAAUAUGUAGGCAUCGAAGUUUGGCAGGUCAAAGCGGGCUCAGUGUAUGACAAUAUUUUAAUCUGUGAUGAUCCUCAAUAUGCAAAAGAAGUUGUGGAAGAAAUAUGGGGAAAAAAUCGAGUGGCUGAGAAGGAGGCGUUUGAGGAGGCUGAGAAAAUCCGAAUAGCGCGAGAAGAGGAGGACGCUAAAAGAGCAGACAAAGAUGGUGGAAAGAAGAAAAGCAGAGGCAGGAGGGACCACAGAAGGCAUGAUCCCGAUGAAUACUUCGAUUACGACUACCAUGAUGAGCUUUAAGGGGUUCCUCAGAGAUGCCAUUGAGUUUGGCUUUGCCAGAAAACGCAUGGAGUGGUUGCUGAAGAAGGUGUCAAACUCUAGCUGUACAAUAAUUGUUGUAACAUUAGAAUCACAGUCCAAGCAGGCUCCAGUCAGCAAUUAAAAUUUUUUAGGGAGCUUUUCAAGAUUGUCUAUGUAGCACUUCAUCCAUGUUUGAAGUCUUUUCUUCCCAUUUGGCGGACAGUACGUAUAUGUUCUAUUGCUGAUCCAUGAGACUGGUAGCAGACGAGGAGCUUAUCACGUCAUCUUAUUGAGAUAGAACGUUGGUAAUAAGGGCCCAAUUACAAAAGCUAAAAGAUUGUCGAUUGUAAUUUCUCUUCCGUGUCUUGAUACUUGAUAAUGUAGUCUGUACGGGGCUUCUGUUUAUUACUUUUUUGUUCUUUU